GCUGGGAGGAGAGUUGAAUUAAUUAAUUUAAAAUGUUGUGAAACAGCUGCUGUCUGAAUACUUUUUGGGUUUAUAUAGAGAGGCGUGCAGGGGGGUCCUGGAGGAGUGGACAGCACAAGCUUUUUUAACUUCUCUCUGUCCGGUCACAGGGCUCACUCUCAGCUUCACAAGCACGGAGAAGUGCAAACUGUGCCCAUCUGAUUACAUAAUGACCCAGUAACAGUGAGCCAGAACCGGUACUGCCAGUACCAGUGUGCUGAGAGACGCUGACUGACCGCUGGUCAAUCCUCGACAAGGCCUCUUUUUUUCUGAUUUCAUACUUUUUACUAAGAGUUUUUUUUUUUCUUUUAUAAAUAUAGGAUGGCAACGAUGUAGAGGGAGACUGCAGAAGAAAAACAAUGUGAUUGUCAAAGUCAGAGAUUGUAUGCUCUCUGUCUUCUUCACAUGUCUGCUGGACAGUGAAAUUAUUUAAAUCUUCAAGUUUCAGAGCUGAGGUCCGAGUGAACUUCUGUUACCCUACAACAAAAAGCGCCCGCCAUGACCUCAGCCACACCACCCUCCUCUGAAGGCUCCUCCCCUCAGAAAGUAUGCCACUCCCAGACGCAGACUGACAUCACCAAGCCUCUGUUGGGUUCCCCAGCAGGCACUGGAGGUGCUGGUGCAGGUGGAGGAGGAGCACUGGUUGGAGGGCCCAAUGCUCUGCGAAGGAGGCGCCGCGUCCUCUCCAAAGACGGACGAAGCAAUGUGCGCAUCGAGCACAUAAGCGGGCGAGGGGCUCUCUACCUCCGCGACCUCUGGACCACUUUCCUUGACAUGCAAUGGCGCUACAAGUUCUUCCUCUUCUCUGCCACCUUUGCUGGGACCUGGUUUGUGUUCGGCGUGUUUUGGUACCUGGUGGCAUUGGUGCAUGGAGAUCUACUGGAGUUUGACCCCCCCUCCAACCAUACUCCAUGUGUAAUGGAGGUGAAGACCUUGACGGGAGCCUUUCUCUUCUCUCUGGAGUCUCAGACCACAAUUGGCUAUGGUUUCCGGUGCAUCACCGAGGAGUGCCCUGCCGCCAUUAUCCUGCUUAUCUUUCAGCUGGUCAUCACCAUGGUGAUGGAGAUUUUCAUCACCGGCACUUUCCUUGCAAAGGUCGCUCGUCCCAAGAAGAGAGGCGAGACAGUGAAGUUUAGUCAACAUGCUGUUGUGGCAAAUCACGAGGGCCGGCCCUGCCUCAUGAUCCGAGUGGCCAACAUGCGUAAAAGCCUGCUGUUAGGAUGCCAGGUGACGGGGAAGUUGCUUCAGACGUCCCUGACAAAGGAGGGCGAGACUGUGAGGCUGGACCAGCGAAAUGUGCCUUUCCAGGUGGACACGUCGAGCGACAGCCCCUUCCUCAUUAUCCCCCUGACCUUCUACCACAUCAUUGACGACAACAGCCCCCUCAGGGCCUGGGCAGUAAAAGGUGGUGGUUGGACAGACCCGGAGCUGGCUGACUUUGAGCUGCUGGUGAUAAUGAGCGCCACGGUGGAGCCGACCUCUGCUACCUGUCAGGUUCGAACAUCCUACCUUCCGGACGAGAUCCUCUGGGGCUACGAGUUCCCCCCCGUUGUCUCCCUUUCUCCAUCAGGGAAAUAUGUGGCAGAUUUUGCCUUCUUCGACAAGGUGGCCAAAACCAAAACCCCGCCGGCCUUCAAGCAGGCCUUGCCACCGAGCCCACCAUCACAGGCAUCCCGUAACCACGGCAGCAAGGAGGCCGGGGCGGACCCAGAGAAGAUGCGACUGGAGGAGAACUACAGGGGGCAACAGAAGGGGCGAGAAAGGAGGCCAAUCAGAGACAGCAGCCCACAUAGUGUGCGUAUUAGUAAUGUGUGAGGGAAGAGAGAGACAGGAAGCGGUAUCGGAAAGCUGAUUUGAAACUGAGAUAAGGUUAAGGCAGGAAGAAAAGAAACAAGCUGCUCACAUUGUCAGAUAAAAACAACUCCCACAAAACAGUCCGCCUACGCAUAUGAGACAACAUGAGACAAAAUGAAAACCCCUUGAACCAUAAGUCUGAAGAUGUCUGGGUCUGCAACCACCUUCAAAGGAAGAAAGUUACAAACCCAGCAUGUACAAAUGUACAGCACAACACCAAGUCAUCCAUACUCUCAUGUUCAUUUUUCUUUUUUUUGGAAAGGACUUGAUUUACUGCAACUGGAGGAUGCUUUAAACACAGCAAAAUCUUCUUAUCAAGUCAUUUCUGUUGAUGAUUUAGCACUGGGCAUAACUUUGGGUUCAACACUGCUAACAUUAGGUUGAGAAUUUUUUUUCUGUCAAAGACUUCAUUUCUACAUUUUGGUGAAUUUUACUGCAACAAUUGUAAUUUUACUGUAUGCCUUUCUGCAAAAAUUUGUGGUGUAAAUGCCUUUAUUUAUAUAAAGGAAAUGUUGAUUCCAAUAGAAAUCAACUUAUUUCUAGAAUAGUCUAGAAAUGAGUAUCUCUUCCUUGGACCAAGAACAAAUAGACCAUUUCCCCAUUGUAAACAUACAGUAAAAAUUCUAAAUUACACAAGCUAAUUUCCUGUUGUGUGUAUGUAACUGAAUCAUAGGGCAGGAAGUUAACAGCUGUUGCUUAGCAAUUGAAUUCUAUUGAAAAGGCCAAACAAAAAAAGUUCAAUUCUAUUUCUGUUAUAAGAAAUGAAGAACUCAACUACGGACAAAUUGACUUAAUUAGAUGAAUUUUGCAGGGUAGAUGAACGUGUGAUACGGUUGUUAAUCACUGAAUCACAGUACUGUUUUCCCUUUUUCUUUUAUUUAACAAAAUACCUGCAACAGGUGGCAAAAAUACUGGAACCAUAUUAUUUUUUUAACGAAGGAUUUAAAGGAAUGUACUAUAUUUUAUGUACCCAUUAGUUUCUAACAACAUUGCUACUUGUUGCACCUGGAAAUAUUGUGUUUUUGAUAUGAAUUUAUUUUGUUGUUUAUUGGGGUAAAUAUGUUUAGUAAAAUUACUAAAAGCACUUUAACUUGAAAGAAAAGUGGCAUUUUUAAGGGGAAUAACUGAACUAAUUGAUACUUAAUGCACUGUAAUAAAUAAUUACAUUUUGCGGUCAUGUUUGGGGUUUAUGAAUGUGUUUUUAUGCUUGAAAAUGUUUGAAAUGUCAUGUGCAGUAUGUGUGUGUUAAUGUACCUUUGUACAGUGUAUGCCGAUGUUUUUCAUAUCAUUAUGGUCUGACAUUUGACGAAAAACUGUGCAUUUUCAAUAUAUUGUUGAUGCGCAUGUUAUUUCUGUAAAGUAUAUGCCCAUCUUUUACUCUACAUUGAAAGAUGCAUGAAAAUGCAAUCUAAUUAUGGUACUUGUUCAAGGGGACUAGUUGAAUUCCUAGGUGACAAAAUAUGAGACAUCUGAUUUUAUUUUGUAUUUUUAGAUAUUUUUUGGGGCAUUUUCAGCCUUUAUUAUUGACAGGACAGCUGAAGAUAUGAGGGAGAGAGGGAGGAAUGACAUGCAGCAAAGAGCCGCAGGUCGGAGUCGAACCGCGGCCCGCUGAGUCGACGAGUAAACCUCUAUAGACAUCUGAUUUUUUUAGUAAAGGUAUGAGGGAAUCAGAAAUGGUUUUACUAAAACAGAUAUAGAUUCCUAGGAACAUUUUCUAUUUUUAAAUCUUUUUUUCCGGCCUACUGAACAUUAAAUCAGUAUAAUAUGAUCGGUUUUAAAUGUGUACUCUUGAUAGAGAUUCAGAUGAAAUCCUCUUCUGCUAAAUAUAAGCCCAAUGAAAAAUACAACUGAAAAUAGUUUAAUAUCAGUGUCUGGUAAGAGAUAAUGCUUGUUCAUACUAUAAAGCCUACUGUAAACUGUAUAUGGUUCACUCACAUUUGUCUAAGUUUUUAAGUAAACACUUUUAAGUGGUUGUUUUAAUAAAUUUGCUGUCUUCAUUAUUACAAAAUG